ACUACGCCAUUUCCUAAUCCAGAAAACACUUCCCAGUUCCUCUCACACUGAUACAGCUCUUUUCCAAGCCACCAACUUCCACUUGCAUCCGCAAAAGGUUAGCUAUACCCACCAUGCGCUGCCCUAUCGUUUAGUUUGAUUGUUAAAUUUCCGUGCUCUAUCUCCGGCAAGACAAAUUUCUUCAAAGCGAUUACUGCUUCCUCCGCCACAUCACGGUACUUACUGAAAAGCUGCGCCACCAGGGAAUCAAUCACUCGGGUCUCUUUCGCCGGAAAAUCCUGGCCAAGUAACCGAUCGAUUUGAUCGCCGGAAUCUGUAAUUUAGGGCUAGUCGAUUCUUUGAUCACCCUCAAGAGCUGAUCUACUACGGCUCUUACACCUGGAGAAUUAAUCUUAAACGCCGAGUGUCUGAAAUUGGCGUCAGUUAAGGCGGCCGCCGCAAUCUCCAUUACAGUCACCAAGCAAUUGAACUGUAAUUCAUCCUGUUCCUUCUCCAUCAACUUCGCCAGGGUGGAUGCUACUACUACACUUCAUCUAUAAAUAAGCGAGUUUGUUUCUGCUGCUAACACAGAGCUUGUUCUGCUUUCAUCAAUGGCGAUGCUAAUGUUCUCCAAGUGUCUUAGAAAGACAGAUAUUGAGAAGAGGCUGUCAUUUCCAACCAUGGCUCUGAGAUAUCUUCCAUGUUUCAAGGAGGGCCAGCACAAGGUGGAAUUUAAGGUAAGGGAUGAGGAAGGUCGUGUCUGGACCUUCCAUUGCUCUACUCGGAGGGUGGGGAAGUACAUGAAACCAGUUCUUAGCGAGGGAUGGUGUAGGUUUGUUUGCUUGAGAAAUCUCAAAAUUGGCGAUAAAGUUGAGUUUUACAAGGAAGAAGAGAAGUACCACGUGAGGGUGAAAAGGCCAGUCGUAGUAUUUGGGGCUGUGAUGGGUGAUGCCCCCAUUUCUUAAACUGUUUAGGCCAAUACGUAUAGUUUUGAUGUAGAAUUUCUUGUAAUGUUAAGUUCUAUGUAAUUUCAAGCUUUUGUGUUUAGAGCAUCUCUAACCUCAAUUACUGGAGAAUUACCCGCUAUUCUUUAUAGUAGGCCAGAAUGGAAUGAGUAAACAGACGACAAAAAC